AUGACCACGGCGACCACACGAUCCGGCAAGUCAGGCAAGUCGGGCAAGUCGGGCAAGUCGGGCAAGUCGCGCACGUCGGGCAAGUCGCGCAAGCCGCAUAGGUCGGGACGGCGACGGAGGCGGUCGAGGACUGCGUUCACUGGCUCGGCGUCGGUAGCACAGUCACCACCGCCGCGACUCGCGCCGGCUCCGCUGCCGGCUCCGCUGCCGUCAGUGUCAUCGUCAUCGUCUUCAUCGCAGUCGCAGUCGCGGCCGCGGUCGCAGUCGCGGUCGCGGUCGCGGUCGCAGUCGCGGUCGCAGUCGAGCGGGAGCAGCUCUCACUCGGGGUCGGAAGACAGAGCAACGGCGCCAGUCCUCGAGUCGUUCUCGGAUCUCCCGGAGGAGCUCAUUGUCUCGCGGAAGGAGCUCAAGGGCAAAAAGGUGGUCGGCUCAGGCUCGUUCGGCAAGGUAUACAAGGCGACGUUCCGCGGCAAGCCGGUGGCGUACAAGGUCAUGCUGGUCACCUUCCUCAACCACCGCAACAUCAUCUCGAUCUACGGGGUGGUGCAGGACAAGUCGUCGGUCGGGGUGAUCAUGGAGUACUGCCCGACCGAUCUCGAGGCAGCACAGGCCUCGCUUGCUCCGCUCGCCAUCCUCAAGGUUGCACACGGCAUCUGCUCCGGCAUGGCCUACCUUCACUCGCUCAGGAUCAUCCACCGUGAUCUCAAGUCGGCCAACAUCCUGCUCGACGUCGACGGUGACGUCCGCAUCAUCGAUUUUGGCCUCUCGCGCCUCCUUCCCUCGCAGCCCGAGGAGAUGACGCUCGGCACCGGCUCGCCGGACUUUAUGGCGCCCGAGAUGAAGACUGUCUCGCAGCGGAUGCGCGACGCCGAGGCUGUCGAGGCCGCGGCCUCGACAGCCUCGGCCGACGAGACCGGCGAGACCCGUGGCGCGUCGGCGUCGUCGUCGUACUCACCACCGCCGCCGUCGCCGUCGCCCGACGCGCCGCCGUCGCCGCUCCCGGCAUCGGCCUCGCACUCCUCCGACGCGCACCCGUCGGAGACCGAGCUCACCCCCGUGCCCGACGAGGCGUCCUCGGGCAAAAAGUCGUGGUUCCGCCGCUGGCGCUCGAACAAGAGCGCGUCGCCAGAGUCGUCAGCGGCGUCGCCCUCGUUUGCCGCCGCCGAUCUCCCGCCCAAGGCCGCCACGCCCGAUGCGGUCCGGUCAACCACGUCUUUUCCUGCGCCGCGCAUUGUCCGCUCGGCCACAAACUCGUCGUCGUCGCGCGGCAGCGAGUCAGACGCCGGCGGCGGCGGCACCGCCCGCCGUCGUACCCGCUCGCGCGCUCGCUCGCUGUCAAAGUCCGGUCGGCCCGGCCGUACCCGCUCGAGGUCGCGGACCUCCAAGGGCAACAGGCUCGCACCGCUGGCGGCGGCGGCGUCAGGCUCGUCGUCGUCGUCGUCACAUGCUGGCAAGGCCAACCAUGCGUCGCGAUCCCGGAGCCGAAAGGCCAAGCAGCGGCGCCCAAGCCGGACCCACAAAGGCAAGCGGGCACGCCGCGGCGUCGGCGGCACCGCCUCGGCUUUGUACCCGGGGCACAUGCCGGCGGCGCGCCGUGGACACGGCUCGGUCUCAUACUCGCGUCCGCGGGCCUCGGUCCGCGACCUCCUCAAGCCAUCGACAGGCUACGGCCUUGCGGUCGACGUCUACGCCUUUGGCAAAGUGCUGGAGGAGAUGGCCGCGGCAAACCGGUCGGCGCCGCGGGCGCUGCUCAAGAUUGCCGAGCGGUGCCUCAACCCCAAGCCCGAGGCACGCCCCUCGUUUGACCGUCUCGAGCCCAUGCUCCUCGCCCUCAUCCACAAGAUCUCGCCGGCCAACUCACACCCGUCGUUAGCGUCGGCAGACUCGGGCUCGGGCUCGGGCGACGGUCCGCCGUCGCUCCGCCUUCGCCCCUCGCGCCUCCAGCCAGGCUCCCGCCGCCGCUCCAUGUCGCCCUCGGCCGCCAGACGCCACGUCUCGGCCGCCCGCCGUACCCGGCAGCUCACCGCCAUCUCAUCGGCGUCGGAGGAGUCGACCUCGUCGCACGCUGCGGCAUCGGGCACAAACUCGGGCGCAAACUCGGGCUCGGACUCAGGCUCGUCGUCGUCGACCGCCAUCUCGCCGCCGCGCCCUCUCCACACCAUCCGCAAGAAGCGCGCCGCGACCGCGUCGGCCACCACGCUGGCCUCGGUCUCGCGAUCAGUCUCAUCGCGCCGGCCGGUCCCUUCUCGCCGCCGCUCGCGCUCACGAUCCAAAGAAGCGACUCCUCCGCCAGACCACGUAGCGACGCGCACGACCCGGUCACGCUCGACCGCCCGCCGCCGCUCGCAAAUCCGCAAGCGCUCGCGCUCAAAGUCCAAGAACUCGCGCUCGCCCGCCCGCUCGCUCGCCGAUCUCGGCUCCGGCUCGAUCACGUCCGACUCGUUUGGUUCGGCCACAGGAUAAAGACCAUCCACCCACG